GAUCAUGCCGAAUUACAAUUACCUGCGAACCAACAAGUUAUUGGAAUGUAGGGUUACCUAAUAUUUAUUAAAUUGUGAUGAAUGUGUGUGCAAAUUCCAGUAAAUUAUUGUAAAAUGUAGCAAAAGAUAAUUCUGCUUUGAACGCUUUUCCUUUUAAAAUUUUAUGCAUGACUUUGUUGAAAAGGAACAGUGUUUUAGAAAAUGAAUUUAGAUGUAAAGUUAUCGGUAUGUAUCAUCACAGCUGUCUUGAUUUGUUACGGAUUCAUUAUUCAAGAAGUUGAUUCCAAAAAAGUCAAAAAAACCACCAAAAGUAAAAAACCUACUACUAAGCCAACGACCACGACUGAAACGACAAUAUCAUACGAUGAAGAUGGCAAUCCAAUCACUCCAACUACACCUGAUUGGAAUCUUUUGAAAAGAUCGAAAUUGGCCAUGACUAGGAAAGCCAAGCAACUUAUAAUUUGGCCCAAGUGGAUGGUUCCGAGAAAUCACACGCCUAGAUUACAUCCUAAAAAAAUCAAACGACUGAGAACAGCUUAUCUUAUACCCGAAGAAGGCGAAACAACAACUGAACGAGAAUCAAAAAGAGCCAAAAAAAGGAAAAGAACCACUAACUAUUCGUACAUCAACGAUCUGCUGAAAGAAUUCUACUCAGGUCCGACCAAAGAUCCCUGGCCAUACACUCAUAGCAACGUUAUAGUAAAUCAGAGAAACGUUGUUACACCCGAUUUCAACGACAGUAUAACAGGAUCUAUAAUCUUUCUUCAUUCUGAAGGAGUAAAAGCUGGCACAAUGAAAACUUGGGUCAGUGCUGUGAUGCCUUUCAAGUUCAAUUUCAAACACAUUCGUCUUGUAUUUCCAACAUCUCCAUAUCAACCGUAUGGCCCUGCCUUCAACGACUUAAUGUAUGUAUGGUUUGACAGAGAAAAUCUUCUGAUCAAUAGCUCUGAAAUAACUGCUUCUGUCGAUAGAGCAGCUGAAAAAUUAAUGAAGAUUAUUCAAUAUGAGCGAGAUUUAGGCAUUCCACUCGAAAGAAUAGUUAUUGGUGGAUAUGGAAUGGGUGGUUCAAUGGCAUUGCACAUGGCAUACCGUUAUUUGAACAACAUCGCCGGCGUUUUCGCUCUAAAUUCGUUUUUAAAUUUCGAUUCUGCUGUUUUCGACCAUUUGGCACAAAAUCGUUCGGAAAAACUCCCACCAAUGUUUUUCUGUCACGGAUAUCGCGAUACCUUCGUACCUAUCAGAUGGGGAUACAAGACGUUCAAAAGGUUGAAAGAAUUAGGCGCUGAUGGUAAAUUUCUCAAAGUACCCCAUGCAGAUCACCUGCUCGAAACUGUACAAGUACAACUGACGUAUCGAUGGUUGGCUCAAAUACUACCCGAUAAACCGAAUAAAGAAGAAUCAAUUUCUCAAUCGGAGCAAGAUCUAGAAUACCUAACACAAUAAUUCUCAAAAUUCAAGAAGUACAACCACAAAAUGUUACAAAAUAAUAGCUCAUUGUAUAUGGAAAACAAAAUCUUAAAAUUAACUCGAUACAAAACAAUAAUAUUUACAAAACAUUGAUAAAAUAAUUCGUGUAAAAAAAAAUGAAAGAAAACAACGAACAAAGUAUCUACCUAUUAAUAUAGACUUAACAUUUCGAAUUAA